AUGCUACGGUUUGCCAUAUUAUUAAUUUCUGCACUUGUGCUGUGUGAAGCUCAUGUUGGCAGUCGUCAGCAAGAAUGGUGUUUGGGCGACUUUGCUAAAGGUGUUUUGAAUAUGUGUGCGGAAAAAAACAAUGUGGGAAAGGCUGCAAUUGAAGAUUUCUUAAAGGGAAAACUUUCAAACAACAAAAAUGAAAGAUGUUUCCGAGCAUGCUUUUUAAUGGAAUGUGAAUAUUUUGAAGGUUAUGGUGGUUUCAAAUCUGAUACACAACUAAGACUGGCGACUCAAUUUGCCCUACGUUACCCUUCUAAAUACAAGGUGGCGAAGAAGAUAGUGGGUAGCUGCAUGUUUGCCUUGUCAGAACCAAAUGUUUGUGAUACCGCUGAGGAAUUAUUCAAAUGUAUAAAAUUGAACUCCCCAUUUCCCUUGACUCUCCAAGGCAUUUAA